AUGGAUACCUCCUCAGUGCCUCUGCUCAACUACGGCCUGCAGUACCAGUGGUGUUCUGACUCGGAUCUCUCCAGCAUCUCCUCUUCAGAAACCCUCUCCCCUGUUCCCUCUAUGGAUUCCAGCCUCUCUCCUUCCUACCAGCAGCUGCCACAGUCCACUCCUAAAGCAGCCAAGACUGGAUAUUCCCAGACUCUCAAAUCCUCACCCUGCUCCCAUUCUGGACGUGGCCGGAAGACGGGCCGAGCCACCCGGAUGCGCAGCAAGCAAAGGGAGAGUGCCAGCGAGAAGGAAAAGCUGAGGAUGAGGGAUCUGACCAAGGCUCUGCAUCACCUCAGGUCCUACCUCCCACCCUCGGUGGCCCCUGCCGGACAGACCCUGACAAAGAUAGAGACCCUCCGCCUUACCAUCCGCUACAUCUCCUACCUGUCGGCCCAGCUGGGCCUCAGCGAGGAGGUGCUGUUUCAGAGGAAGGAACAAGGAGACACCUCGGCCAGUGACAUGUCCUCACCUGACAUCCUC